CAAUGGAGGUCGGGAAAUACACGGCAAUUCUUGGACUGUUUUAGUCAGGUUUCAAAGUCCGUGUUUUUCGCUCGAGAAAUCGCGAAAUGAAGCCGAUUUUGGCCAUUUUGGUGGUUGUACUGGUGGCGCUGAUUUGCUGUGGCGAUGCUAAGAGGAAAAGGAAAUUUGACGGAGAUUUUGAGUUUGCUGAAGAGGAUGAAAUUAGGUCGAAUAAAUCCGGACAAAAGAAAACUUGGAUUCAUGAUCCAUCAAGUGACUUGUGUCGACCGCUAAAUUGUGAAAAGAAAGAAAUAUGUUUGUUAGAGGACGCAUUCACUUCCGUUUGUGUAUCCAGGAAAGAGCUGAAGAAAAAUGGAGAUAUCGUUAUUCCUAAAUCUGCAAGCGUAACUGAAGAAUCAAAAGAAGAAGAUGACGAUGUAUUCUAUGAUAGCGAAGAUGAUCCUGAAAAUGAAAGUGAUGAAUCUACAGAUUCUAUAGUGUGCAAACCUUGCCCUGUGGUGAAGCCCAUUUUCUUGUGCGGUUCUGACAACCGAACAUACAGUUCUUUGUGCAGACUGGACUACCACAACUGCAUCCACCGCAGCGGUAUAAGGGUGGGCUGCAAGGGCUUCUGUCCCUGCCAAGGUAAUGCGACAUUUAGUUCAAAGCGGGACGGUGGUAGCAAAAAUGCAAUCGACAAUGACGAACGUCUGCGAAAAAAACAACACCAGUCAGAAAAAUUGAACACUUUCAUGAACAAAUACAAGGCCACCUUGGACAAAAGUGGUUCGGGAGGAUCCAUAAGUGGGGGCAAGCCAUCCAGAAACCCUACCAAAUCCGACGCCUAUGCAUACACCCCGCAAGACUUCAAAUACGACAACAAACAUUACAAGUACAUCAAGUACACCAAGUACAAUAAGGAGAAGAACAACGUUCUGUAUGCCGAGGACAAGGAGAGGCUGCGCGGGUACAACGAAGUGACGGAGAACAAGAUAUACAACGGGCCCUUGCUGGGCACCCCUAUUUACCCGCCCAAACAAUGUUCUUCUGCGGCCCUGCAAGCGAUGGGGAACAGGCUGCUCGAUUGGUUUUCCGUCGUCAUGUCCGAUUCGGCGAAGAGAAGACGAAUGAAGAACAAAUCGAAAGUCCACUUCCCGACCGCCUGCAAGGGCGAGGCCCGCUGGAUGUUCCAGCACCUGGACGCCGACGGCGACGCCAGACUGUCGGCGCAGGAGCUCUACGACCUCGAGCACGACCAGAGCGAGGCGUGCCUGCGGCCCUUCCUGCGCCGCUGCGACGCCGACCGCGACGGCGCCGUGACGGCGUCGGAGUGGUGCCGGUGCUUCCAGCGCGCCGAGCGACCCUGCGCAGCCGUCAAGCGUCAGAUCGCCGGGGACUUGCUGGGGGUUUAUGUUCCAGACUGCGACAGCCAAGGUUACUAUAAUCCUGUGCAAUGUCAUGCGGCGAUCGGGAUGUGCUGGUGUGUUGACAAACAUGGCGUGGAAUCUCCAAAUAGCCGUACUCAUGGAAAACCAAAUUGUGAUUCCAACGUGAAAAAAUCCGUGGAUUUCAACAAGCAAAUCUCCACAAACGCAGUGGAAAACGCUAGCGACGAUGAAGACGGUGAGGAUGCUGAACAAGACCUUGAGGGUAGCGCAGAUCGCCCAAAUGACUAUUAACAAAAAAUCUAAAACCCCUUUAAUUUCACAUACAUAUAUCUAAACAAGUGAGAAAAAGACAGCCAUGAAAUAUUUUCUGGUAAAAAUCAAAUCCAACAAAAUCACUGCAACUAGAACUAAUUAUUUGCCAUCAAAGGGAGAUCAAAUAAGACACAUUCAGUCUGAAGAAAGAUAGAAUUUCACCUCGGAAUUCGGUAAAGAAGGUUCGAUUUCGAUAGGCCAAAGUGCGUCCCCUUCUCCUAGUUGCAUAUACGUCGAUGUCUAUAUCAUCUCAUGCGCCGCUGAUUUUUUAUUUAUCUACAAUGAUAUAUUGCAGGACUCUUCGCGCUUCACAGUUCACUGAGGUUCUUGCAACUCUUUAAUCCGUAUUUCAUCAGAUUAAUCAAAAUUAAAGCUAUCCUAUAGAAAUAAGAUUGACUCAACUAAAGAUAUCCUCAUUCUAACAUUGAACAGCCAUGAAUUUGCUUGAGAACCAUUGGAAACUACACCAAUGAAGUUUCUAGCUGGGACUCUUCCAUCUUCCAUGAUAUGGAGAGAAGCCCCGUACAACACAGGGAUGUCCUAGGUACGUCCUUUUUUGCGGUAGGAGAACAUGAUUGGGACAUCCAGGAGAUGUUCCGCAGUGGUUGUCGAAUGGACAUCCCGUUUGGUACAUCCAUAGGUUGUCCUAUUCGUGUCCCUAGAAUAUCUGAUGUCCAUUCACAUCAGUCACUGUAUUUCUUCGAAAUAUUCAUUGAAAUCUCUUAGCAUUUUUUUCAUGUUUGUUUCUUUUUUCGGAAAAUACAGGGUAACUCACGGUCGAUGGUACGUUAGACGUUUAUGGAGAACGGGACCUAGGAUCAUUCUGAAAUUUUGGUUACUCACGUAGUUGCUCUUGGUCUAUCGAUCUAAAAUAUUUUCAGCUCUGAGGCGUUGCCGCUUCUAUCGAAAAGUAGCAACAACUUCGUUAUUUGAAAUGGAACACCCUGUAUUUAAUUGCAUUUUCAGAUCCUCUCUGAAGAGCUGAUUUCAUCGAUGUAUCACACUUGGGGUCUAGCGGAAAUGAUUACAGAGACAUAGGGUGUGAAAAAUCGACAUUCUUCAACUUUAGAAUUUUUUUUUGUCGAAACUAUUUCUUAUUGGUCAAAACGGCUCGCAUGUCCCUAUCUCAACUUUUGAUCAACUAUCUACUGACAUUUGAUUGAAACAAAUACAGGGUGGUGCAGAAUUCAAAAUCUUGAUCACCCGGUAUAUGUCCCAAUUAAAUAUCAGUAGAUAGUUAAUCAAAAGUUGAGAUAGGGACAUGCAAGCCGUUUUGACCAAUAAUGAAUAGUUUCGAAAAAAAAAUUCCUGAAGUUGAAAAAUGACGAUUUUUCAGACCCUAUAUCUCUGUAAUCAUUACCGCUAGACCCCAAGUGUGAUACAUCGAUGAAAUCAGCUUUUCAGAGAGAAUCUGAAAAUGCAAUAAACUACAGGGUGUUCUAUUUGAAAUAACAAAGUUGUUGCUACUUUUCGAUAGAAGCGGCAACGCCGCAGAGCUGAAAAUAUUUUAGAUCGAUAGACCAAGAGCAACUACGUGAGUAACCAAAAUUUCAGAAUGAUCCUAUGUCCCGUUCUCCAUAAACGUCUAACGUACCAUGGACCGUGAGUUACCCUGUAUAUCUCCAAGUUGCAAAACUUUUAUGUACCUUGUUAUACCAGUCUGGGUGGAAUUCAAGAAGUAGCCUGAAAUUUUCAAGCAUACAGAUCCAUUGAAUUUGGCUUGACUAGAAGGAAUCUUCUCCUCUGCUAAUACCUUAAUCAUCCGUCAUACAGGGUGAGUCAUUGAAAUGAGAAAGUGGCAUAACGGCUUCGCUGUUUGAGAUAGAUGAAUACAAAUUUUUGUGAUGGUCUAGGCUCAUAAGAAGCAUAUUUCUAAAUUAUUUUGCGUAUACGAGGUGACUCAAACAUGGGUGGCGUAUCAAAGUUAUACUUUUUAUUGAAGGACACCCUGUAUUUUAUUGCAUUUUCGGAUUCUCCUUUGAGAGCUGAUUCCAUCAAUACAUCACAGUCGGGAUCUAGCAGGAAUGAUUACAGAGAUAUAGGGUGUUCAAAAUCGAGAUUUUUCAACUUUAGAAUUUUCUUGUAUCGAAACUAUUGAUUAUUGGUAAAAUGACUCACAUGUCCCCAUCUUGAUUUUUGAUUCACUAUCUACUGAUAUUUAAUUCAGACAAAUACAGGGUAGUUCAAAAUUCAUAAUCAUGAACUACCAGUAUUAUUCGUUCGAAUUAAAUAUCGGUAGAUAGUAAACCAACGCUUAAGGUAGAGACAUGUGCCGUCUUGGCCAAUAAUGAAUAGUUUCGCGACAAAAGAAUCCUGAAGUUGGAAAAUCUCGAUUUUGAACACCCGAUAUCUCUGUAAUCAUUCUCGCUAGACCCCGAGUGUGAUGCAUUGAUGAAAUCAGCUCACAAAGGAGAAUCCGAAAAUGCAAUGAAAUACAGGGUGUCCCCUAAGAAAAAGUAUAACUUUGAUACGUCACGCAUUUUUGAGUCACCCUGUAUAACGCGAAAUACUUCAGAAAUGUGCUGUUCAUGAGCCUAGAUCAUCACAAAAAUGUUUGUUCAUCUGUCUCAAACAGCGAAGCCGUUAUCUCACUUUCCCAUUCCAAUGACUCACCCUGUAUAUCACAAAAGCAUGGUGAUAAAUGCAAAAUGUCAAAGUAUUGAGUGUGCUGACUAUACAACUCAUUAGAUAUAUGUAUGUUGCCAUUACCGCCUGCUACCUAUUUCUAACCUAAUUUGUAUGGCUUAGAUAUACCUUAUUAGAUAUUUUUUAUAAAUGAAUACUCGGUAGAAAAGUGAGAGUGAAAAAUGUCGUAGCAGCUUUAUCGAUAUACUGGUAGCUGAAGAAUUUGCUACAAGAUUACUGCCCCCCCCUCCCCUUUUUUCCAACUCUAUCACUUGUUUGACUUCUUUGAGAAUCACGAAUUUUAGAUAAAUAUAAGGCUGCUACUGUUUGUAAACGUGCUUAGAGAUUUGUUGGGUUAUCAUUUUCGACGAAUACAUUCCACAUGCCAUUCCUUGAUAAGUUUAAUGUACUUAAGUUAACGUUUAUUUUAGGUUUCAUUGUAAAUAUCUAAACUUAGUUGUUGCGUUUAGUUCAGUCGUUCAGUUCAAUCAGUUCACAAUGAUUUUGGAAGUUUUCAAGCUGUCAUAAAUACAGGGUAACUCACGGUCGAUGGUACGUUAGACGUUUAUGGAGAACGGGACAUAGGAUCAUUCUGAAAUUUUAGUUACUCACGAGGUUGCUCUUGGUCUAUCGAUCUAAAAUAUUUUCAGCACUGCGGCGUUGCCGCUUCUAUCGAAAAAUAGCAACAACUUUGUUAUUUUAAAUAGAACACCCUGUAUUUUAUUGCAUUUUCAGAUUCUCUCUGAAGAGCUGAUUUCAUCGAUGUAUCACACUUGGGGUCUAGCGGAAAUGAUUACAGAGAUAUAGGGUGUGAAAAAUCGUCAUUUUUCAACUUUAGGAAUUUUUUUUGUCGAAACUAUUCAUUAUUGGUCAAAACGGCUUACACGUCCCUAUCUCAACUUUUGAUUAACUAUCUACUGAUAUUUAAUUGGGACAUAUACCAGGUAAUCAAGAUUCUGAAUUCUGCACGACCUUGUAUUUGUUUCAAUUAAAUGU